CAGAAACGUGGAAAACGGAAAGGAAGUAUACCUCUAAGCUCAGUGAAAGCAGUAGAGUUUGUUGAAGACACUGCAUUUGACCAUGAAGUCAAGAAAUACUGCCUUCAAGUGAGUUCAGUAUACUCUCACUGAUAAACCUCUCAUGGAGUUCUGCAUGGGGUGCUUGGAAUAAGGUUUCUAUUGACUCCUGAUCAAAUAUAAAAUUCUCCUUUGAUUCACAAUCAUAAACAAGACAAGUGUAGAAGAAUUUCGCACUUAAUCAGAAGUCACCAGGGCUUAAAUUAUUUAUUCUAGGAAAUUGUUCUGGUCUGUCUUUUCCUGAAUACAAACUGUGCUUAUUAGGCUGCUAAUCAAAAUAAUAUUAUAACAUGUUCAGCAUAUUUGCAUACCACACAACAGUGCUAACAUUAUUUCAAAUAGUCUAGCUUGGGUGUUCAUUGCAUGUAGAAGUCUAAUUUCUGUUUAUUGGUGAAUUUAGCUUUUUUAUGCCGGUCAUGUUGAAACGCAGACCAUGCAGACUGCAGACUGCAGACUGUGCAGACCGUGCAGACUGUGCAGACUGAGUGUUAUUUUUUUGAAAUUGUACCGUAACCCAUUCGCCCCUGAACCGCCCGUAACCGCCUGUGCGGAUCCACAUUCUUUCUACCCUUUGUGACGUCAUCAGUUUUAAUGGUCAAGGACAACUUUGCCCGCUAACUUGUGCAGAGUGAAGAGAUCUUUCAAACUAUACCAGAAUGAGCACAAUUCAGUCAAGGAUACUGGAGAAAGAGGCAAAAAACCAUGUAACAUUGACCUGAAAAUCUCCAUGAAAAUCUUGUUCCAUUGCCCACCUACCUUUCCUUUCACCUAAUCCUACGAUCCUAAAAGCUUUCCUAAAAACUAUUCCCACCAAAAUGAAGCCUACUAAAUGCCCAGCAAGAGAAAACAAUGACAAGCAAAAACGAUGACAAGCGGUAUCUGUAAGAUUUGAAGAAAUGACAGCAAGUCACCAGUUGAAUUACAGAGUGAAACCAAAGACGAUUAUCAACAAUCAAGGAAAUUGAGGAAAUGCCUCUCUUGUAGCCAUUGUAGGAAGCCAAAAACGGUUUUAUUUUAAGUAGCUCAACCUGAAAAAGCUUCUUCUACUAAGAAAAUAAAUAAUCGUGGCAAUAUAAUACAGUUACAGAAAGAGACGGCUUACCUUCCUCCAUCGUGCUCACUCCUGCGUGAAAGCGGCGCAGCUUGAAAAGCACGCGAAACUGCUUUUACAUCUGCUGGUAAACAUGAGCCCGUGAUUUUCUCAUUUCCUAUGACCCUUGCAGGUACACAUCAGUGCACACUGUAUAUGAUGGUGAUGCACAGUGCACAUAAUGAGAGGAAGCAGGAAACUAUAGUAAAAAUUUUACUAGAAAAUUAAGGUACAAGUAAAAAAAUAAUACUCAGUCUGCACAGUCUGUACAGUCUGCACGUACGGUCUGCACAGUCUGCAGUCUGCAUGCAGUUUGCAGUCUGCAUGGUCUGCGUUUUAACAUGACCAUUUUAAUGCUGUAAACUCUGAACUUCAUCAUACUUCAGUUCUAAAAGAAGGUUACUGGAAUAGUAUCUUUCAGUGUGACUGAUUCUGUGUUCUUGAACUUACCAUUAAGAACAACUUACUGUCUUUGUUACUUUUAACCCAGAUGAUUAUAAUGUAGCCCUUGACAUCUAGCAUUGUUGUAUGUAAGCACCAAAUCUGGUGCAUGUGAUAGGUCAGUUAACAGAGUAACUGUGAGACAGCCAUUGUAGACUGCUGUAUUAUUUUCUCAAAAUGUUUUUAUUAUAGAUUUAUCAUAUUACAGGUACAUGUGUGAAUUCCAAAUCUUGUAAUGUUUACAUGUAUUUCAUAUGUCUAUUUGUGAAUGUUCUGACAAAGAGUGAAACACAUGUUCAGACCAUAGUCAACUUGAUAUGCAUUUACUAUCUAGUAAUUGCUUGGGUGAUGUCUACAUUAAUCUGUUUCACAGAUUAAUAAUAUAAUAAAUAUUAUAUUGAUCAUAUCCACAGGUUAAGUACACCAGCUAAGGACUAAUGAAGGCACUACCAUAUUUUUCUACUGAUCAACAGGUUGUCUAUGAUGAUCUGGUUUUGUACAUCAGUGCAAAAACCAAAGAUGAAAGAAAAGACUGGGUGGAUUCCAUUCAAGAUGGUACUUAA